CGUGUGAGAAUUCAUCCAUCCACAGUCUUGCUUUACUAAGCGUGUAUGCUAAGAUAAAUUUGAGUAUUGUUUCCUACAAAAAUUUAUUUUAUUAUAUUCUUUAUAUAAACGUAUUUUGUAUAGACAACAAUAAUGGCUGACGAUGAUUUCGACGGAGACGAGGUCGCUGAUGAUUUCGACGAUGUUGAUGAUGACGAUAAUAUCGAAUUAGAACCACAAGAGGAAGAUGGUGAAAAUAUUGAAUUAUUAGCAGCUGGAGAAGCUUCCGGGGGCGUUCAAAGAUCUAAAAGAAUCACUACGAGAUACAUGACAAAGUACGAAAGAGCACGGGUUUUAGGGACAAGAGCAUUACAGAUAGCUAUGUGCGCUCCUGUUAUGGUAGAAUUAGAAGGCGAGACGGAUCCUUUACAAAUCGCUAUGAAAGAAUUAAAACAAAGGAAAAUUCCUAUUGUAAUUCGACGAUAUUUACCAGAUAACAGUUAUGAAGAUUGGGGCAUCGAUGAAUUAAUUAUAAUAGAUCAUUAAAGUACAAAAUAAUAUAACAAUAUUUUAUUCUUAAAUAUAAUAAAUGUACAUAAACUUAUUAAGUAUAUAAAUAUGUAGACUCAUUACCAUAAUAGAU